AUGGGGACGAAAUAUGAAAAUAGUAUUAAACGUUUUCAGAUCAGCACGAAAGACGCAACGCGCGAUCCGACUGAUUUCACCGAAAAGAAGCCGCACAAACGUCCGGACGCCAACGGAGUAGUAACGGUCAUAUUUUCAAAUGACAGGUGUUCGAAAAUGAAAAAAAAAAAAAAGAAGAAGGGAUGGAAUGAACAACGACCAAAGAAAAAUGCUACACUGGUCACACUGAUAUGUAUAUUGUUUCAUGUGAUAAAGACUGACGGAGCUGAUAAAGACUGA